UACCCAAAAUUAAGUAUCGGUACUUGUGUCCUUGGAUACAUGCCAACAUAUAAUAUACCAAUAUAUCAAUAAAGCAGUAUAUCAUUAUUCUAUGAUAUUUAAUCCAUACAUCUACAGCCGAACCAGUCUUACGUCUUACGUCCUACGUCUAACUACCUACCUACAGAACCACAGUCAUUACACUACACACCACACUCUUUUUCACCCAUACAUACAUACAACGACCAGGUAGGUAGGUACCUAGUACACCAAAAUCAGUCCGUCUCCUUCUACAUGACUACGUACCUUUAACCACCUACCUACUUUACUUGUUUGUACCUUUACCACUCACUCACUCACUCACUCACUCACUUACUACCUCUACCUUUACCACUCACUCACUCACUCACUCACUCACUCACUACCUCUACCUCUACCUCUACUCUCCUCUUACUUUGCCUUUCUUUCGCCUCCAACAACACGUACUUUAUAUUUAUCUACUCUCUGUUAUCGUUUGGACAUUUUUAUAUACCUCCACUCUAUUUAGCUUUUUCAAACUUUGGAGGGAAAAGAUUUAAAGCAUCACGCUCCUUCCGCAACACCCCCCUCCUUCCUUGAUUGAUCCGAUUGCCCAAAUACUUUCAAUACCCGCAAUAUCCUGACAUGCAUCACACUUACUGAAGUCAAAUUAAACAAUUCGAUCCACUUCAUACAAUCAUUUCAAGGUACACCGGACGAACUUCCUUGACCUUUUUUUUACCCGACUCCUCCGAACCCAUAACUUGGAUUAACCUGGAAAAUAUCUAAUCUUCCCAACAGUCGCCAGCACUUUCAUCUUGAUAUAUAUCUCCGCUGUCAAUCUCACGACCCUCACGAAUCGGCUUCUUUCGCCCUCAGAUCCUCAGGGUUCCACCCCACCCCGAUUUUAUCACCUUGACACUUUUUCCCUGAUACAUCCCCAGCUUCGAGAAAUUUCACCUUGUCCCUCCUCUCGGAAAGCUCAUCAAGCCUUUUCAACAUUUCCCACGGGAGUCACACCAACACAGAUUGUUCGGUGCAUGCUGCAGCUCACCGUCCACGUCAGUUAGUCACGAACAUUUUGCUCCUGCAGUAUUACCUCAGUACAUGUCUCGUCCUUCUUGUCUCAGUGUACUUCGGAAGUAGCGCAAACCCAUCUUACCAAUUCUCAAGAAUAGCGGCCUUCAUUAUUGUUCCGACAACGCUCUUCGUGCAUAAUUCGGGACGAGGAAUCUAUAGAGUCCCAUUUAAACUCCUGGGAAUCAGGUCUUUUCAGAGAUCUGGAUUUUUUUUUACUUUUUUUUGAGCAGGUUGGUUCCAGCCAAUGUUCACUACCAGGGAAGAAAUAUACUAAAAGAAAGCUAUAGCAUCAUCAAACGACUAGCCAUCGAAUUCAAACACCUUCCUAAUUCUUUAAAAGAGAUUCCACUAGGGAGAUAACGCGGCGCAUUUUAUAUAUACCUUCAAGAAGGAACUUGCUGUUGUCAAAGCGGCCUUGACCUUCUUAAGGGUUUGCGACCUCACUAAGCCACUGUCAUUUCCAUGCAAUCUUCAACGAACCAAGUCGAUCAUUCAGAUAUCUCGCUCGGUGAACGGCGAGGAAAAUCAGACCUGGCUCGCUUUUCUCUUGAUCUGAGUUGGGCCAGAGCGGUACCCGACGGGGCUCAGUCUUGGGCAUACCCCUCUCCGCCCAUGUCAGGGUCUCCUCCACUUCCCGGUAGACACAACCUGGAUUCCAGCGAUCGUAGUCAUGGAAGCUAUGGGUCAACGGUAAAUGUCUUCCGAGAUGGGCGCCUCCCUCAACAAGCGCAUUUCGGUCAAAUGAGAGGUGUACCUCUGAGGAAUUAUCAACCAGAACCCCAACUUUCAUACCCUCAAUACCAGAUGGAAGAUAUGUCGGCGCAAUAUCAAUACCAGCAACCUCGGGCACAAAUGCCGCAUCAUCAACACACUCACCCUCUUUAUACCGCCCAACAGGUUGCACCAUAUCCGGCACCAGAGCGACAAUCAAUUGGAGAAGCCCCUGGCUACACUUCCCCGAAAUCACAGAGAAAGACAAAAGGACAUGUGGCAUCCGCUUGUGUCCCUUGCAAAAGAGCCCAUCUUAGGCAAGUCUCCUUAGCAUUUGCGCAUUUCUGUACCUUACGCUAACUUAUCCUAGAUGUGACGGUACGUUUACUCAUUUAUCCAGGGAUCGCGGUGCUAGCUUUGUUCUAAAGCUAAGAAAGUCAUCAUUUCUACUGGAACCAUAUUUGCCUUUGGUUUCCUCGACAAAGCUGCUCAAAAAAAGUCCAAUGGCAAGAGAAUUAUACUCAUUGCUUUUGACGG